GCGGGCGGAGGUUCCGUCGGAGCCCUCCCGGCCCCCUCGGCGCGGAGGAGCGAAGGCGGAAAGGAGAGCCCGCCCUGCAGGGUCCCCCGUGCCGCUCGUCGCCCGAGGGCAGCAUCGCGCCCCGCCGGCGCCCGGGACCGGACAGCCGCUUCUGCGCCUCUCCCCAGCUUCGUGCUUUUCCCUGGCGCGUCCCCGUCCGGAUGUGUGACGAUGACUAGGGAUUCCAGCGAAUCCCAAGGAAAAUACUCGGACCUGGAACAGCAGCCUCCAGCUUUUCCUGCAGUGGCCGGUUUUUUCUUGGCUGUGCCCAAUCAGCCCCCCGCCUGAACCUGUCACCCCUCCUGGCCCCUGUCCUGGACAAUCUCAGAUCCUACUUGGUGGAGAAACUGGAAAUCAUCAAACAAGAAGGGCAGGGCCACACCAAGCUGGCCUGUGGGAGUCUCUGUCCGGCCGGGGCACUGCCUGCCUCCUCUGGGACUCCGGCAGCUCCUGUUCCUGACACCACCUCCUCCGCCACAGGAAGGUUGCCUGUAGACACGCGUGCUCCCAUCUUAAGAACAUCUACAGAUUGGGGCUGGGGAUUUAGCUC